CCUCACGUCGGCCAGCACCGUCGACUCCAAGCUGGACUUUUCGCCCAGCGACUCGGCCGCCCGCUGCGGCGUGCUGCAGGACACCUUCUUCCCCAGCUGGAAGAACGACGCCGCCGCGGCCGACUUUGACGACCCCGAGGAAAUGCAGCGCAAGGACCCAUUGGGCACGCAGAUAUGGAAGCUGUACAGCAAGACGCGCUCGCAGCUGCCAAACUCGGAGCGCAUGGAGAACCUGACGUGGAGGAUGAUGUCGAUGAACUUGAGGCGCAUCGAGAUGGAGCGCAGAGGGUUAGUGUCUUGUCGCUUCGCGCCUCUGCAGCUCCCGUUGACCAAACAUGUCCGCCAGGCUGUCGAGGAAGCAAUCCACCUCGUCCGAUAACCACAGCAGACCCAGGCCCGCGCAGCCCUCGGCUCCCAGCGGCAUCGCCCAGUUGCGCAGUCAGUCGGCCGACAAGCAGGCCCAGCACGACCUAGACGCGGCCAAGGCCGCCGACCCCAUGAACCUCGACGACUUCAUCGUUCCGUCAUCCGUCGCCUCGCCUGCCGGCAUCUCGCACUCGCCUGUCGCCACCGACGACCUGACGAGCGCAACCGCCCCCGCAAUCCCCAUCCGGAAGCAGACGCAGCUCGACGACGGCUCCCUCCACAUCUCUCGCGCCUCGGCGCCCUCGGUCCCGCCUGCGCUGGGAAGGGAUAAUGAGUUUGGCUACGUGCAGCGUCACGUCCGGAAGACGAGCAUUGACGAGAGACGGCCGCCCAAGAGAAAGCCGGACGCCUCUCCGCAGGUACCCGCUCUGAACAGCAUCGUGAUACCCCACGACCCCGACGCAGAAGCAAGCUUCCAUAGCUAUUCGCUGGACCAGCCGCAGCAGGCCCACCAGUCCUUCGACCACGCCUCACAAUCCACCCACUCUCAAAUUUCAUUCAACCUCAACACCUUCGACAUCGAUGACCCAAUCAUAAAUUCGGCAGGACCUUUUCAGAACAACUUUACUUUCUCCCCCGUCGGCUCUCCCAUGAUUCACAACAACCAGGGACCCUACUCAUCCAUGUUUAACCCCCACUCGAUGGCCUCGUCUCUCAACUCGACCGACUACUACAACUCUCCUCCCGCCUCUGCCUACCCGUCGACCGUUUCCACGCCCCAGCCGAUCCCCGAAGGUAACGAGCAGAUGUACUUUGACCGUAGCAGCGGUGUCGACAUCCGAGGCCGCAUGGGCGGCUACAUGCCCCAGCAGUCGAGCCUCUCGAGCUCGAUGCAGCCGUCGUUCAUGUUCAACCCGACCGCGCACGACUCGAUAUUCGGUGCCGUGUCGUCGUCGUCGGCGGGGCCGCCUCCCCCCUUCUCGUCGCACUCAUAUCACCAGUCUGGUCACGUCGAUCCGAACAGCGUGAUACAUCCUACCUUUCCUCAGGCGACAAGGUCACCUAGCAUGGACAUGUCACGGCAUGAGAACAUAUUUCAGUUCGGUGCUGACUCUGACAACGAAGAGGAUGAGGGCGGUGCGUUUCCUGAUCGGACUCUGCCGAUACAGACGCGGUACUCGCCUAUGGAGGACCCGUCUAUGGAUUUGAACGGAGGUUUCAACUGGAACACGGAUUUGUCCAACCAGUUCAACCCCACACCCGCGCGGUUCCCAGCAGGGCCCCCACGUAAGACGGUUACCAUCGGCCCAACCGAGAUGGUACCCUCACCGCAGGAUUGGAGCUCAGGCGGCAGCUUGGGUCGCACGCAUGGCUCAGCUGCAUCUGUUAGUGAAAUUCGGAAUCGCGGUAACGAUCCACGUCGCCAAAAGAUACCCCGCACUUCGUCGACGCCUAACGCGGCUGGCCUGGCCCAUGCGGCGUCGGCGCAGCAGCAGCGCCCUCAGUCGUCUCCCAACUCACCGCCGGAAUCUGGCUUCAACUCGGCUGCGCCCUCUCGCCCUGCGAGCCCCGGAGGCACCAAAUCGGGUGACCAGAACGGGGUACCUACGACGUGCACCAACUGCUUCACGCAGACGACGCCCCUGUGGAGGCGUAACCCGGAAGGGCACCCUCUGUGCAACGCGUGCGGCCUGUUUCUGAAACUGCAUGGCGUUGUGCGCCCGCUAUCGCUCAAGACGGACGUCAUCAAGAAGCGCAACCGCGGCAGCGGCAACGCCAUGCCCGUCGGCUCGACGAGCCGCUCGUCGAAAAAGGGCUCUCGCAAGAACUCGAUCGCGCAGACUCCGGUGCCGGCGACGACGCCUACGUCGGGCAAGACGAACGGCGCCGACUCCGAGUCCCCCAAGUCAACUGCCGGGCCUAGUAGUUCAGCGAGUACGGCUACGGCUGCUAACACGGCUAGCAACAUGAACGCGCCAAACACGUCCAAGAAUGGCGUUGUGCCUAUCGCGCCGGGGCCACCCAAGGCGCAGUCGAGCCUCUCGGCUUCGGCGCCGAGGAGCGCCAACUCGCAAGCGAAGCGGGUGCGGCAUCAGAGUAAGUCCGGGAUUCAGAUUCAGGACACGGAGAUGGGCGACGCGGAUGAUACGACUGGCAAGUCGACGAUGCCCGCGCCGAGCCUGAAAAGGAACGAGCCGAAGCCGCUGGCGCAAGCGCCGUCGCUGGCGCAGUCGUCACUAUCGCACGCUCCUAUCCAGAUGGGCUCGAUGGGACAGGGGGUCAUGCCCUCUGCUUCCAGCGGGCCGCAGGAGUGGGAGUGGCUGACGAUGAGUUUGUAGGGGGCUUGACGAAAGAAAAGAACCUACCUUAAGCCUCGAUCGAAUGUUUCCGCCCUUGUUCCUCCUCUUUCCCACUGACGGGGUCAACGGAUUCCCUUUGGCUGAACGCACUUCAGUCGCUUCCGUACGCAUCAUGUCCCGGGCUUUGCGCAGGCAAGCAGGUGUAAUGGCGUUUUUUGUGCAAGUUUGUUUGCUCCGCAGCAGCACGACCCCAUUCUUCCUUCACCAUGACGAUGAUACCAUUGCGGGGGUUUGUUCUUUCCCGAGCGAGGCCCUCUCUCCCUCACGCAACAAAUUUCCCC